CACCCUGACAAAACUACUACAAGUUUCAAUGAAGAAAGCCUCAUCUGCAGCACUCUGGACCUCUUCUUUGCUGGAACAGAGACAACAUCCACGACCCUGCGCUGGGCUCUGCUCUACAUGGCUCUCUAUCCAGAAAUCCAAUCAAAAGUCCAGGCUGAAAUUGACAGAGUGAUUGGCCAGGAGAAGCAGCCCAGCCUGGCUGACCAAGACUCCAUGCCCUACACCAAUGCUGUUGUCCAUGAAGUACAGAGGAUGGCAAAUGUCAUCCCUCUAAACGUUCCCAGGAAAGUGACAGUGGACACUAACCUGGCGGGAUUCCAUCUGCCCAAGGGCUCCAUUCUUCAUACCAAUUUGACUUCACUGCACAUGGACCCCAACGAAUGGGCCAUCCCAGACAUCCUCAAUCCGAAGCACUUUUUGGAGAAUGGAGAGUUUAAGAAGAGAGAAUCUUUUCUGCCUUUCUCAAUGGGUGAGUUGUGAUGAGCAGGAGGGGGUUCAGAGCUCUACCUUAUCCCUUCUCUUCUUUCUGGAAUCGGUACAGAUGCGCCUUUCCAUGUACCUCCGUUUUGCAGAUGGUUUCAGUCAGUACCCACAUACACACACAUACAGUGUCAAUCCCCCCUUGCUUCUGAUGGACAUUUGAACUUCCUUU